CGCUACAAAGUCGCGAGUCGUGAUUUGAAGUCAUGACUUACGGGCUCAAAAACCUGCCUGGAACGCAGCAUUAUUACAGUAAAAGAGUAGUAAAGUCGUUUAUUGGUUGGAGUCAACCAAUGAAAUGGGACGUUUUUGUACGCGAUGACGUCACUACAUAGAGCAGAUCGCGCCGUUUUGGUGGUCCAUGUAGCAGCCUUUCAUCGCGAUGGAGGCAUCGAGCAAUUCCAGGGUAAGUUUUUCUUUGAAAUAGUUAUUAAAACAGUUUCAAAAUAAAAUAAUUAUUCCUUGACUGAUAUACUGUAUUACGGAUGAAGUCUAUUUCCCACACGAAAAUAACGUUUUGCCAUAGAUAGUAUUUAUUAGGUGUAAAUGCUCAACAUAAUUCACUAUUCAAGGCAUUUUCUUUGAUGUAAUAAAUAAUAAGGUGAUUAAGUUAGAACACCAACGCGAAGUGCUGCACAGUUAUCACACUAAAUUUUGUUUAUUUUGAGACAAUGGCCAAUUGACUGUACAUCUUGUUUAUUACACAUCAUAAUGAAGUAUUCCAGAGUGUCCCAAUGUGAUCUUUUUACUACUCCCCAUGCCUUUACCUAUUGAAAAUACUAAAGCUUAUAAUACAUAAAAAGGCCUUGUUAGAUGAAUUGUAGGAUUUACAAAUAAUUUACAUUUCAAUAAUAUUAAUGUUUUUUUUUUUUGUUUGUUUUUACUAAUAUAUUAAUAUUAUCUUCCAGGAAUUGUUGUUGAACCAUUUAUUACAACGGCUUUAUACCCGUCUGUCACUGUGGCUGGAACGCAUUCCUCUUGACCUUGAUUUCUUAGAGUUUACAUGUUCUCAGGAGCUGGUCAUCUUCAGUGCCAUCUCAAAUCAGAUACUCAUUCCGAAUGAACUGUAUGAUGCACUUCAUCAAGUACACCAGAUGGCCGUAAGAAAUUCUAACACGGAUCCACACAUCAUGGUUUCCCAAGAGAGAGGAAAAAAUGGCCGUCCACGGAUUCUGAUUUCUGAGGACUCUGUAUCCCAGCUGCUUACAUUAGGAUUGCCUGUGACAUGCAUUGCAAGGUUGCUAGGGGUGUCCAAGUUUACCAUUCAUAGACGCAUGGGGGAAUGGGGAUUGUCUGUGAAGGCAACCUACAGCAACAUUACAGAUGCAGAGCUAGAUGCACUCGUGGCAACAAUCCACACAAGCAAUCCGAAUGCAGGUUACAGAAUGAUGAUGGGGCUGCUGAGAGCACAAGGUCAUCGGGUACAAUGGGAUAGAGUCCGUUCUUCGAUGCAUCGAGUUGACACUGCAAGUAUUGUUUACAGGAUGUCACAGUUAGGAUGUGUGGUUAGGAGGACAUACUCUGUCCCCAGCCCAAAGUCCCUGAUGCACAUUGACACAAACCACAAGCUGAUACGGUAUAACAUUGUGAUAUUUGGAGGCAUCGAUGGUUUCUCCAGGAAGAUAAUGUACCUUGGUGUGUCAAAUAACAAUCUGGUUUCGACAACACUAUCUUUUUUCCGUGAGGCAGUUGAGAAGUUUGGAUUUCCACUGAGGGUUCGGGGUGAUCAUGGAGGGGAGAACGUAGAUGUGGCCUGCCUUAUGUUCUCUGUCCGGGGAACAGGGAGAAGUAGCUUCAUUGCUGGUAAAAGUGUUCACAAUCAGCGAAUCGAGCGACUGUGGCGGGAUGUGUUCACUGCGGUUACCUCCCACUUCUACCAUGUUCUGCACCAGCUGGAAGAGGAUGGGCAUCUUGAUCUGUCCAGCAGUCUCCACAUCUUCUGCUGUCACUAUGCCUUCAUCCCACGUCUCCAAGCCCAUCUCAAUAUAUUUAGAGAUGGAUGGGACAACCAUCCUCUUUCAUCAGAGGGCAACCUCACUCCUAAUCAACUGUGGCAACUGGGGCAGCAGUACCAUUCAGAAGAGUGUGAUGAGAAUCUACAGAUUCCACAAAUAGACUGGGAAAGCAGCGGUCUAAUCCCCAGUGACACAAAUGCUGGCAUCCAGGUUCCUGCAACUGAAUGUCCACUGAGCUCUGAGGAACUUAAUGAUCUAAAGGCUGCUGUGGACCCAAUGCAGCCAUCAGAACAUUUUGGGGCAGAUGUUUACAUUGCUACACUGCAGUACAUGCAUAGUAUUGGCUAUAUGUAAGUGGAAAUAUCUGUAAUUGGGAUA